AUGAGCACUGGCAGCACUGGCAUGCGAGGUCCGACUCCGACUCCCAUGCAAGGUUCUCCGGCACCCUCAAUGCCAAGCUCCUCAGGGGGCCAUUCCUUGAAUCAAGGCAUGAUGCAACAGAUGCAACAGAUGCGACAGAUGCGACAGAUGGGGCAGAUGGGGCAGAUGGGGCAGAUGGGUGAGGUCAAGAUUCCAAUCAAGCCUGGGAACUCAAGUACCACCGAGCUUGCAAAAGGCGCAUCAGAGCCACCCGACAUGUUGCAGCUCCACCUUGCGGGCAAGUGCUACCCGUGUGUCGCAUAUGCCCUGAAACCCGCUGGUUGUUUUAAGGGCGCAGAGUGCAUGCAUUGCCACCACUGCAAUGCCAAGGAAGCCAAAGCAAGGCGGCGGGAACUACAGCAGGCAGCUCGCAGGCGCAAGCGAAUGGAGAACGCUUUGACCAAGGAAGGCAGCGAACGUUGGGACAACGAGUGGGACAACGAGGGCUUCGAUGGGCUUGGUCACCAGACUCAGACUCCGAUGGAAAUUCCGAUGGAAAUCCCAAAGAGCACCCCUCCACAUCCGCAACCUGCGCAACCUGUGGCACAACCACUGGAGUCAUUGGAGACGUUGUUCGACCAGAUCCCCACAGCUCCUCCGUGCCCAGUGUUGCCGGAUGUCCAGCCCCGUUUCGGAAGUUCCGGCAAGCAGUCUUUCUGGCUGUGA